CAUCAAGACGUUGUCUUCUUUUUUGUUUUUCAUGAUUUUUUAGCUUUUUUUAUAAGCUCGUGUGUUUUUCGUUGCUUCUACUCUCUCUAUUUGAAAUUUAUGCCACCAAUCGCUUUUAUAAUUCAAACUUUUCGUGGCUAAGUCAUGUCUCUCUUUUUUAUUAAUUUCAUUUUUGAAUCCUAGACUCCACACUCACUAGUUAAAAUCUUAGCUACAAUUAUGGGACACAUGAUGGGUGGUUUAGCAUUCCAAGAAAGGUGGCAUCUUUGGUGUGCUUUGUUUUCCUGGCCUAUGUUUCACCAUUAUAUUGGGGGUUAAUCUGAUGGACAUGGUGUUUCGUCUUGUUGAAAUAUUAAGUUCAUAAACUUGGCAACUGCUUGUUGAAAUGUGUAAACUAUUACAAUCUCAGACUUAGAGAAGUUCAAAUUUAGGUAGUAUUAUGAGAUGCAUUCGUAGACAAAAUAGAUGGUUUAUCAUUGCAAGAGAGGUGGAACGCUUUAGAGUGUUUUGACUGGUUGGCCUAUGUUUCACCAUUAUAUUGUGGUUUAAUCUAAUGAUCGUUGUCUUUUGUCAUUGAAAUACCAAGUUCACAUGCACGAUAAAUGCUUGUUUAAAUGUCUAAACGGUUACAGUAUCAGACUCUAUUCUUUCUGUUUUUGUCAACACUUUUAACCGUGCUUCACUACCGUAUCUCAAAGCUUCGUGCUGUUGUUCUUGUCUUUUAGGGAUACUUCAUCAUGUACGAUAUUGAUACAUGCUUUGGUUGUGUUUUGUGUGAAAUCCCAACAGUUUUCAGUUUUACAUUCUGAGAUCUAGUGAUAUUAUUUCCCAGUCUAUUUCCAGUUGCAAUCACAGCCCUCAUGCACUGAGUCACACCUCCUUAUAUGAAGCUUAACUGGCUGAGUGUUUACAGAAAAGAGUAAACAAUUACACCGCUUCAAAACAAUCUUUUGCAGUAGCAAUUAUGUGUGUAUUUCCUAUGUACAUACAAGGGGAAAAAUGCACUAUUAGACUAUUAGAUUUUUAGGUUUAAUUGAAACUUAAUAUCCAUAAUUAAUAGCUGAUGCCAAGUGAAUCCCUGGGACAAGUUCUGUUCAAUUGAGUUUUUUUGUCUAUUUGUUGUUCUAUGUGGGAAAGGCGCGUUCUAGGUGGAGGGUGGCCUCAGUUUUGUUUUGAAAAUGCUGUGAUCACUUUAUGUUCUUCAGUGCUUUGUUUCUCAUCUAGAAUGUGAAAAACUCAGAUGGAAUAAAGUAGCAAUGGCUUCCUGUUAUUUCAAUCCUAUCUCUACUAGCCCUCAUCUUGUUUCAGCAAACUUAUCAAGAAAGUUCAAGAUUCCAAAGCUUCUUCACAGACAGAAAAAGAGGUUUGAUGGCUCACCCAGAUCCUCAAAAAUCACUUCAUUUUACGGCUUGAAGACCCCUCCGUAUGAACUUGAUGCCUUAGAGCCGCAUAUGAGUAAGAAGACAAUUAACAAGCAUUGGGGUGAAUAUCAUCGGAGUCUUUUAGAAGGGUUGAACAAACAGCUAGAGAAGGACGAUAUACUAUAUGGUUACACCAUGGAUGAACUAGUCAAAGUGACAUACAACAGUGGAAAUCCUUUCCCUGAAUUCAACAAUGCAGCUGAGGUUUGGAACCAUGAUUUCUUUUGGGAAUCCAUGCAACCAGGAGGGGGUGAUAUGCCCAAACUAGGUUUCCUUCAACAGAUUGAAAAGGAUUUUGGAUCAUUUAUGAAUUUUAGAGAGAAGUUUGUAGAAGCUUCCCUCACAUUAUUUGGCUCUGGUUGGGUUUGGCUAGUUUUGAAGAGAGAAGAGAAAAGACUGGAGAUAGUCAAAACUUCAAAUGCCAUUUGCCCAAUUGUGUGGAAUGACAUACCACUUAUCAAUUUGGAUUUGUGGGAGCAUGCAUACUAUUUGGAUUACAGGAAUGAUAGAGCAAAGUAUGUGGAUGUAUUUUUGAACCACCUUGUAUCUUGGGAAGCUGCAGCAGCCCGAUUGACUUUUGCAGAGGCUUUUGUAAACUUGGGAGAACCAAAAAUUCCUAUUGCAUGAAAAUACAGAAAUGCCUGAAAUGCUUAAUGAUUAUAGUGGUAGUAGCUACGACCAUAUGGCAACCUAGGUGGAGUUGGGGAAGGAAUGAGUUUGCUUCAAUCAUCAUUUACAAAUUUUAUAGUGCCCCGUGUGCUUCUCUCUGGUUGUCAAAUUUUGCAGUAUUUAGGAUUCAGGACAACUUGACAUUGGGGGAGAUCUAGUGAAUAGCAGGCAAGUAUUUCAAUGUAUAACAAUAGAGAAAAACAACCAUGAUCUUGGACUGAUUAUAGUCUUAUUGUAUGAAACUAUGAAUGCUAUAAUCAAUGUGGCAAGAAACUGUUAAAUUUUGAAA